GAAUCUAGUUCAACCCGCUCGCUAUUUUUGGAGAGAGUCGAGGGUCACUCCACCACCCGCUGCUACGCCACACUGCGGGAGAGAGCUUGUCACGGGCGCAUCCAGCCUUUAUCAAACCGCGUUCUCCCUCGCUCCCACGACUCGUACUGUAUCCAGCCAACAGAUGGAGCUUGCUGCAGUUUGAUCCAAGCCUCCCACAUCUCUGUUGACAAGGAAAACGGCUUCGAGUCCCGGGCACUCAAGGUAACCGUCAUCUCUCUUCCAGUGACAGGCAAUAUGCUGGACGAGAACCUCCCAACAUUCUAUGUCAAGUCAAAUGGCGGCCAGCAAAAACACAAUGCCACGAUAUACCUGUGCCAACAUGGAAACGAACCGGAGCCCGCAUACUCCCUACGUCACCUCGAUCCUGCCCUUGUCGAAUCCAAGAAUCGCUACGCUGUUGCACUAUAUGACCCAUAUGUCCCAGACAUCCUGUACGGAGAAGUGUUGCUGAUUCCAGAGUGGACGCAACCGUCGUUGUCCCAGGAGGCUAUUCGACAGAAUGGGGGCGUUCCACCUCCGCCAGAACCAAUUCUCCCGACACAGUUCACCAUUCAACUCUACAACCCAGACCAGCAAGUGAUUGUUCGAUACAAGCAUAAGACGUGGAACACCCCUGCGUCGUGGGAGUUUGAGAUGCCACAGAAGACCUUUCGACAACCGUCCAGUUCCACUCUGGACCGCACGCAGAGCGACCCCGCUGUGUCUGAAGUGACACCCAAAUUGAAGUUCAGCUGGCGCAAGGACGGCAAGCUGUCGAAAGACCUAGCUUGCUUCCUGGCCGGAAAGACGACGAGUCCUGAUGGCACGAAGACGAAGAAUAGGGAACCGGAUAUUACCAUCUCGAUCUUCAAGGCGCCCAAGGAAAUCACUCUUUACGAGCCAAAUCUCUACCGUGUUGACAUGGAGGACUUCAAGGGUCUGGAAGUAGUUCUGAUGCUGGGUGCAGUGGCCAUUCGCGAUGUCUUCUUCACGCCGCUGAAAGCGGCGUUCAAUGUCUCAGACCCCGUCUCCGCUGCAAUGAAGAGGAAGAACACGCCGCCUCUGUUGGCCAUCAAACCCGUUGCUAAUGGAAGGCCUACCAAUGGUCAGCCUCAGGUGCCUCGGAUUGCUGUACCGCAGAAGGACAGCCCAAGACCGCCGCGCCUAGACCCCCGCCGUCAAUGGGAGAUCGAGGCAGAAAAUGCACGCUUGCGUCAACAGCAGGAAGCAGAGGUGCAAGAAAAAAAGAAGCGCGCGGAGGAAGAAGAGCGCAGGACCAAGAAGCUGCUCGAGGCCGAAGAGAAGGCGAAGCGGAAGAAGCAGGCAGAGAUCGACAAAGAAACGGAGCGAUUGAAAAGGCUCUACGGCCAAGAGGAGGAGCAAAUCCGUCGACAGCAGCAGCAGCAGGUCCCACGGCCCUCGCUGCCGCCGCGUCCCAGCAACCAACGUCCAGCGCAACAUCCGGCGCAACAUCCACAUGCGGCCCAGGGAUACUACCCGGUCCUGGGACAUGCGCCAGGUCCAUAUCUGAAUGUUCCUGGCGGAUACAGCAGGACGCAGUCAUCGGUAUCCUUUGCAGCGCAGCCUCGGCCACAAUCGUCACUUAUGUCGCCGACGCGGAUACCGCAGCAACAACACCAACUGAAAGAGAAGCGGAGCAGUUUCUUUGGACUACGAAGGAAAUCAGAUGACAACAAGCUCGCUAAAAAGAAGAGCGCAGUGUUUUAGACACCGCUGAG